UGGAUGCUCAAGCUGUACGCCAUGCUCCUGUCCCUCAUCUUCCUCAUCGUCCUGGUGGCUGCCGUCGUGGGGUUCGUCUUCAGGCAUGAGAUUAAGACAAACUUUGAGAGUAACCUCAACCUGGCCUUGAGGGACUACAACGUGACUGCGGAUCGGCACAGCGAGGCUGUGGACACCAUCCAGAGAACCCUGCACUGCUGCGGGGUGCAGAACUACUCGGACUGGGAGAGGACUGAAUACUUUACCCAGAGAGGCAUCCCCCGGAGCUGCUGCAAGAGCCAGGAUGACUGCUCGGAAGAAGAUCUGAAAGACCUGAGCAAAGCCAAGCUGAAAGUAUUUGUGGAUGGUUGUUUUUUCCUGGUAACGUCAACGAUGGAGUCGAAAAUGAGUGUUGUGGCUGGAAUCUCCUUUGGCAUCGCGUGCUUCCAGUUGAUUGGCAUCAUUCUUGCCUGCUGUCUGUCCCAAUACAUCACGAACAAUCAGUACGAGAUGGUGUAG